CCUUCCCUCCUGCAGGUUGUGUUACCUGUGCUCACACCUGUCACUGUCUAAAGCUGCUCUCCAAAGCUUUAUCUCCCUGUCUCCGGAACUGUCGUCCAUCUGGGUUACCCUACAACAGCGAGGACAAAACAAAUAUGCAUUUACAUACCACUUUGUUUUAAUAGCGCAACUUCCGAUCGCUCUGGUAUCAACAUAGGAGUGAAAUAAUGGCACCUUGACCCCGUCCAGUCUAUUCAGUGUUUCGGAGAGAAAAGGUUUUGUUCGUCACCAGUGGCCCAUCAAUAGAAGAGAGAGAGAGAGACAGAGAGAGACAGAGACAGAGAGAGACAGAGACAGAGAGAGCGGUGAGAUUCAGCGCUGACUUGGUGGAUGUCUUAAACCAUGAAUAACCUGGGACCUCCGAUGAGGCAAGCCAAUGGAGUGGCCAGAUCUGACAGCAAGAUGGGCGCCAAGGCUCUUUACGAGCAACGGAAGAAAUACUCCAAUGUUAUAAUGCAGGACACGUCUCAGUAUCAUGUGGAGCACCUGUCCACCUUCAUGAUGGACAAGACAGAGUCCAUUGCUACAGUGGACGAUGCCAUUAAGAAGCUGGUGCUGCUGGACUCUAAAGACAAGAUCUGGACCCAGGAGAUGCUGCUUCAGGUCAACGACAAGGCUGUACGGCUACUGGAUGUCGAUACACAGGAAGAGUUGGAGAACUUCCCCCUGCCUACGAUCCACCACUGCCAGACAGUGUUGAAUCAGACCAGGUAUCCAUCUGUCCUACUGCUGGUGUGUCAAGACACUGAACAGCACAGACCUGACAUACACUUCUUCUACUGUGACGAGGUUGAGGCAGAGAUGGUCCAUGCAGACAUCGACAGUGCCCUGGGUGACAACAAACAUGGGAAGAAGAUGCGACCACAGACCUUGAAGGUGAACCAGGAGAAGAUGAAGCGCCACAGAGAGACCAUCAUCCCCCCCUCCUCGGCCCCCAAGGGCCCGACCCCAGGAGGCCGCGUGGCUGCCAUGAACAUGCAGGACGUGGAAAGGCGAGGUUCUGCACAGCAGGACCCAGAGUCCCAUGAAAAGCUGGCCCAGCGUAUUGAGAAAGACGUGCAAAUCCUGAACUGCUCCCUGGAUGACAUUGAGAUCUUUGUGGCUCGGCUGCAGAAGGCUGCGGAGGCCUUCUCUCAGCUCAACCAGCGCAACAAGAGUAAGAAGAUAAAGAAGAAAGGCCCAGCAGACGGCAUGCUGACCCUGAGAGCGAAGCCCCCCUCCGAGGCAGAGUUCAUUGACAGCCUACAGAAACUGAAGCUAGCGUUCAACCUACUGGCCAAACUGAAGAAGCACAUCCAGAACCCCAGUGCUUCUGAACUGGUGCACUUCCUCUUUGGCCCCCUGGAGUUGGUGCUCCAGUCCUGUGGUAGUCCAGAGCUGCCCCGCUCGGUGGUCUCCCCUCACCUGUCGAGAGAUGCGGUAGACUUCCUGAGAGGUCACCUGUCGCCUAAAGAGAUGACCAUCUUUGAACUGCUGGGAGACGGGUGGACACGACCUAGAGCGGACUGGCCGCGGGACCAGUGUGCUCCUACUUACUUCCCUAAAUUCAGGAACGGGUGGGAGCCCCCAGUUGAGCUGUUCAGGACCUCCCCGUGGGAGACAGAGGGAUCAGGGGAACCUCCCAGGUCCCCCAUAUCCAACCUUCUGUCCCCCUACAAGUCAGACGAGAUUUUUGGAACCCACUCUUUAAACUCAUCGAAUGGGUCCAACAAUGGGCUGACCUCCUCGUCCCGUAAAUAUGCCAAGAUCCGCUACCACUUUGUGGCCCGCAAUGCCAACGAACUGUCAGUGCUGCAGGACGAGGUGCUAGAGGUGAUAGAGGACGAUAAACAGUGGUGGAAACUGAGGAACAGGAGUGGCCAGUCAGGAUACGUCCCCUACAACAUCCUGGAUGUGGUCAAACUAGAGGAACCACAAGGCAUGGCUGGAGCUCUCUAUAGCCAGCCCUACAGCCCAACCUCUCCCCCCAGCUCUCUAGGUAGAGGGGAGAGCUUUGACAUGGGCCGCUUCAAAGACUCUCGGACACACCAGAUGGAUGAGGUGAAUGAUGAGUUGUUGAAGAGGAUCACCAGUAAUAAGUCCCAUCCUCCAGGCCGUAACUUCAGGGUGGAGCGCCCCUCAGACAGCGGCUCCUCUGCUCCUCUCACCUUAGACUCCAGCCCACCGCAGGUCACCGCCUGGCUCAAUGCCAAGGGAUUCUCUAAACCGACGGUGGAGUGCCUGGGGAACCUGACGGGUGCUCAGCUCUUCUCUCUGAACAAGGAGGAACUGAAGGCAGUGUGUGGAGACGAGGGAGCCAGGGUCUACAGCCAGACCACCGUGCAGAAAGCCCAGCUAGAGAAGAGCCGUGGGGAUUCAGAGCUCCAAGAGAUCAUGAGACGACGACAAGAGAAGAUCGACGCCGGCAAGGACUGAUCUGGGCAUGCUCAAUGACUGUCAACCAAUCACAGCUCAGCAUGGCUGGUCACCAUAACAAUCCCUCUCCAGUACCAACCAACCAGAAGCCUUCCCCUCCCACAGUGCCCACCAUUUCACCAACUAUUUUUAUCAGACAAUCAACAGUUAACAUAAAUGUUAUAUACAUUUUUUAAUUAUUUAUUUUUCUUCUUAGUAAAUGUGUAUGUUUACCUUUUUCUUCAAUGAUGUUCUCUAGUAAUUAUGACUGUUGCUUUUUGCUGCUUUGCCUGACAAUGUUUCUAACUUUGUAUAGUGUGAGGGACCAUAUUAAUUUACAGGUAUAGUAGUGAGGGACCAUAUUAAUUUACAGGUAUAGUAGUGAGGGACCAUAUAAAUUUACAGGUAUAGUAGUGAGGGACCAUAUGAAUUUACAGGUAUAGUAGUGAGGGACCAUAUGAAUUUACAGGUAUAGUAGUGAGGGAUCAUAUGAAUUUACAGGUAUUGUAGUAAGAGAGAGUUUGUGUAUCUGUGUGUGACUGAGGGCUGUGUGUGUCCUUGUUUUAUUUCCAGGAAAUUCUUGAAGAAAUGUUUUUUUUUUUGUGAAAUCAAAUCCAGAAGGUCCUCAAUGUAUAUUGUCAAAUUGGAUGUUAAUGUUCACAUAUCUGAUUAUACUCCACUGUAUUAAAAUGUUAUACUGUUUACUGAAUAAUGCUACAUUAUAGUUUUGAGCAGUCUGUGAUCUAUUCUCAUAUCCCGUCACACUGUCCAUAUUGCAAAAUACCCUCUAACUAUUACUAAAUAUAGUUCUGUAAUUCAUUUUACAUAUCCUCCAACUAUUGCAUCCCUGUGCCACAGUCUAUAUGAAGUAUGUUUUACAUUUGCAAUUGUCAUCCAAUCAUAGUUCUGUUCUGUGUACACGUGUUUAUUCCUUCAAUAAUAAACCCAAGUUCGGGAUUCAACUCUA